GAACGACUGAAUGGUUUCUAUUUGUAGCAUUUUGAAAAAAGUUUUAGCUGAAAUUGUUUUCCAGUCAAUUUUAAAAUCGAAUAUUAAGAUUAAGAGAAGAAGAACGGGAACUAACCUAGUUUUUUUAUAAUUAUUAUUUUUUGGCGUUUAAAAAUAUAAUAACAAAUUUUGUUAUUACGUUAUUUAUGCAUCAAUAAUUAAUGGAUUGAAUGAGUUUAACAAAAAUACUUCCAGUUUCAGCUGAGCACGUUUUUAUUUAUCGUGGUGUCCUUGGUGUACAGAGUAGUCUUUUUUUUUCAGUAGCUGGGUCAGAGGGUCUUACAAAAGACUCACUCUUUUUUAACUAUGGAUUAAGUUGGAAAGCUAAGAAGUUAAAUAUUUUAAAGCAAAUUCAUAUCAAAAGUUCUUGGUAAACUUUCAAUUGUGACCCAAAUUACAGAAUUUGUUGACACACAUAAGUUCACACCUUCACACACAGGAAAGUUGUGACCUAUAUUUAAAUGGCAGAGGAUAGUGUCAUCACACUUUCAUCAUCAGAUGAAGAGCCAACUCCUAGAAAGAGAAUAAAACCUACUCCAGUUCCAAAUUUACCAAACAUUACCAUUACCAAAGUUUCUGCAGAACAACACAAACAACCAGAAAUUGUUAGUUUAUGUUCUGAUGAUGAGAAUGUUGUACCUGAUGAUAUCGAACUAACUCCCGUUAACCGCAAGAAAAGGAAAAAAGUUAAGAACCCCCUGCACAAAAGAAUCCCAGAUCCUGUAGUUAUCUGUGACGAUGAAAUAGAGUCUCCACCACCAAAACUGCAAAGUAAUGGUGGUAAUCAUGGUAUAAAAGAGAAAAAACCUGCUAAGGGGAAACUUAGAGAAAUCUUAAUACAUUCAAAGAUAAAAUCUUUUAAUAGUAAGAAGGAUAGUAAAACAGAAAGUAUAGAAAUUAAUGAUGAAGAUGAAGAAUCUACUAGUAGUAAGAAAGAAGCUGUCACAUUAAAUGAAAGUAUCGAAAUUAAUUAUGAAGAAUCUACUAAUAGUAAGAAGGGUGGUACCACAGAAGAUGCCAUAACAAAUGAAAGUAUAGAACUUAAUGAUGAAGACUGUACUAAGAGUAAGAAGGGUGGUAACUCAGAAGAUGUCACAAUAAAUGAAAGUAUAGAAAUUAAUGAUGAAGAAUCUACUAAUAGUAAAAAGGGUGGUACCUCAGAAGAUGUCAUAAUAAAUGAAAAUAUAGAAAUCAAUUAUGAAGAUACUAAUAGUAAGAAGGGUGGUACCUCAGAAGAUGUCAUAACAAAUGAAAGAUCAGAAACUAAUGAUGAAGAAUCUACUAAUAGUAAGAAGGAUGGUAAAUCAGAAGAUGUCGUAACAAAUGAAAGUAUAGGAAUUAAUGAAGAAGAAUCUAGUAAUAGUAAGAAGGAUAGUAAAUCAGAAGAUGCUGUAACAAAAGAAAGUGUAGACAUUAAUGAUAAAGAAUCUAGUAAUAGUAAGAAAGGUAGUAAAUCAGAAGAUGUCAUAAUAAAUGAAACUAUAGAAAUUAAUGAUGAAGAUAUUGGACCUGAAAGUGACGAUAAUGAAGAUAAACAGUUAUUAAAUGAUCUAGAAUGUACGUUUGAGGGAAAUAAAGAUGGCGACAGUGAGAAUUUUAACAAGAACUUAUCAGAAGAAUUGAUCCCAGAUGAUGUUCAACCUUGCUCCUCAACUUCUGCUAAAGAACCCUCAAACACAUUUUUAUUGGAAAGGUUUUUAACUAUUAUAGAUAGGAAUAUACAAAACACUAAGUACGUCACUAUCAAGGAAAAAUUUCCUAUGCUGCGGACUUUUUAUAAUAAAUGUAUAGAGGAAUAUGGAACCUCGAAAGGUUUUCAACGAUUAUUGACUGAUAAUAUAGCGAAGACCAAAAAGUCUGCGAUACAGUCAGUGAUAUGCUUCAAUGAGGUGUUUCAGCAUUUGAAGGAAGCUGUAAAGACUGGAUCUAUCGAAUGUGAUAAAGAACAAUUAAUUAAACUAAAGAAAUUAGAAAAAACUAUUAAGAAACUUGUAGUGAUCAUUAAAAGGUUGGAAGAGGCUGAGAUUGACUUUGAUCAAGAAGAAGAUUCGUCUUAUCUAAAAAUGGACAGGUAUAUGGCAAGACUGGACAAAGUUUAUAAAAAGUAUUGCGAGCUUAUGAAGAAGAAUCCAUAUUGUGGUCGCUUGACUUACUCCAAAUUGAUGUUUCUGGAUUCCGAAUAUAACGAAAUCAACAGAGCCAUUAUUAAAAAAUACAAAAACAACAAAAAAUUCCCUAGUUAUUGUGAUAUCGAGAAGCUGAUUACCAAAGUUGUCAAAGACAGUAAACUGAAGCUGAAUGAAUCUGAAAUAAAAACUGAAAGUAAAAGGUGUUUUCAGAAGUUGGGUGAGUUACUUCAAAAGCGAAGACGUAAAGAACUUUAUGAAAGCCAUUAUACAUACUUAGAAGAUACUGAGGAUCCUGCCAGCGCAGAUACGGAUUUGAGUUCUGUACUGAAGAAUAAUUAUCUAGAAGGACAGAUCAAAAUUGAAAAAUUGGUCGAAGAGUACGUUUCUAAACAGGAUAAUAAGGAGUGCAGCGAUGAGGAAGAACAAGAAGAAGAAGAGGAAGCUGUAUCGGAGAAGAGUAGCUCGGACAGUGAAAGUGAGGGUGAUGAUGAUAAGGGUAAAAAAUCUGAGAAAACCUAAUGUUUUUUUAUAUACAAAUAAGUGUAAACUACUAUGUUUAGAUUUAUAAAUUUUUGUAUCUACUACAUAUUUACUUGUGACAUUUUUAUGUUACACUGGGGUGCAAAAUUAACCGGACAUCUUAAAAAUGGGUCAUUUUUGAUGUCUGGAAUUUCCUAAACCUGUUGUCCGAUUUUAGUGAUUUUUUUAAUAUACUAUAGCCUUAUUCUUUAACAAUAUCAGUAUUAGAGAGAUUUUGCACCUCUUAUUUUGCAAUUCCGUUAUGGUUACCUUUAUACUACGUCUGCGCAGUAGCGAAUAUAUGAUCCGUUAUCGUUAUUAAACGUAAGGGAUUCCGUAAUUUACGGAGGUUUAAAGUAGUGCUUAUCGUUAUCGUUAUAGUAAUGGUUAAAUUGCUUUGAUGCCAGAAUGUAAAAAGAUCAGUAAAGUUACAUUUACAUAGAUUCUAAUUUUGAUUACUUAUAAAUUAAAAUAUCAAAAACUGUUCAAGUAUAUGCUUAAAAUUACAAUAACGUUGUGAAGUGAGGUUAUGUUUAAAUAACGAUAACGAUGACACGAAAAACCUACUUGAGAGGCUGCAAAAACUCUGCUUUUUAACGUUGCCGUAAUCGUUAUGCUUAAUAAAGUUAACCAUAGCGGAGCCAAAAUCAGCGAUUAUUUUAAGAGGUGCAAAAUCUCUCUAGUGUUGCUAAACAGUUAAAUUUUCAUUAUAUACCGGGUGUACCAAUCAAACUAUGUUUUUUUCUAAAAGUUCGCAUCACCCUGUGGAACAUUCUAGCAUUUAUAAAAUACUGAAAUUAAAUUCCAACUAUAGCCUCAUGUUUUUCAACAUUUUGUUUUUUUGAUUCAUUCGCUUACAUUGGACCAUAAAAAAGUUAGGUACUUUAACAACUAGCCAUGUUUUUCAUCAAUGCAGGGAGUUUUAAUUAAGUAUGGCCAACUUUAAGGGGAAAUUCUGCAUAAAAAAAUAAUGAGAAUUUGCUUUAUAAACGGUAUGUCCGAAAAUGCUUCGUUUCCGAGAUAGGGGGUGUUGAAAUUUUUAUUACAAAAUGACGAUUUAUUUAUUGCUUUAAAAUCGCUUGAGAUUUGCAAAUGAAAUUUGGUCGGUUUUAAGACGUAGUUAUUGCACAUUUUUUGACAUACAAUUAAGCAUUUAAUAUUCACCAUUGGCGCGCAUACGGGUAAUAUAACCGCUCAUAUUACCCGUAUGCGCGCGAAUGGUGAAUAUUAAAUUCUUACUUGUAUAUCAAAAAAUGUACAAUAACUACGUCUUAAAACCCACCAAAUUUCAUUUGCAUAUCUCAAGCGGUUUUAAAGCAAUAAAUAAAUCGUCAGUUUGUAAGAAAAAUUUCAACACCCUCUAUCUGAGAAACGAAGCAUUUGUGGACAUAGGUUUAUAAAGCAAACUGUCAUUAUUUUUUCAUGUAGAAUUACCCCUUGAAGUUUGCCACACUUGUUUAAAAACAUUCAUGAAAAACAUGGGUAAUUGUUAAAGUACCUAACUUUUUUAUGGUCCAACAUAAGCGAAUGAAUAAAAAACAGAAUGUUGAGAAAACAUGAAUCUAUAGUUGGGUUUUAAUUUCAAUAUUUUAUAAAUGCUAGAAUAUUCCACAGGGUGAUGCGAAGUUUGAGAAAAAACACAGUGUCAUUGUUACACCCGGUAUACAAUGAAAAUUUACCCGUUUAGUAACAAUAGUAUUACAGCGAUAUUGUUAACGAAUAAGGCUAUAACAUAUUAAAAAAUCACUUAAAUCCGACAACAGGUUCAGGAAAUUCAAGACAUCAAAAAGGAUUAAUUUUACACCCCGGUAUAUUUACUAUUUUAAUGGUAAAUAAUCAAAAUUUUAAUUAAACAUUAUGUUAAUAUUAACCAAAGACAAGUUACAAUAUUUUUUUAUUUUGAGAACGAUUUGCGACCUGGAUAGUGAAAUGUCCAAAAUAAGCGUAUUUUUAAUUAAAAUUGUGAUUCUCUCUUAUUAAAAAUAGUAGAUAACUUGAAUCUAUACGUAUUCAAAGUAUUAUAAAUAAAAUAAACCUAUUUUUU